AUGCAGAUCAACAUCGCCGCCCUUGCUGUUCUCGCCCUCUCGAUUGGCACCUUUGCCUCGCCAGCCUUCAAGGGCGUACAUUUUGCUAACUACGGAUCGAGCUACGGAUCGAGCGCUGUUGCCUCUUCCUCGGCUGCUGCUGCACCAACCUCUGCUGCUGCUGCACCCACAUCGGCUGCCGCUGCACCCACAUCGGCUGCUGCUGCACCAACCUCAGCUGCCGCUGCACCAACCUCAGCUGCCGCUGCACCCACAUCGGCUGCUGCUGCACCAACCUCAGCUGCCGCUGCACCCACAUCGGCUGCUGCUGCACCAACCUCAGCUGCUGCUGCACCAACCUCAGCUGCCGCUGCACCCACAUCGGCUGCUGCUGCACCAACCUCAGCUGCCGCUGCACCCACAUCGGCUGCUGCUGCACCAACCUCAGCUGCCGCUGCACCUACAUCGGCACCUGUCCCUGGCGGGUACGCGUCGAACGGGUCGUAUGGGUCGUACGGGUCAUCGGGUGUCGUGCCCCCGGUCACCACGACAGUGACGGUCACUGGUCCUGCAACCACCGUGACUGCUCCUGGGACCACAGUGACCGCUCCUGCAGGCACCGUGACCAAUACAGUUACUGCUCCUGCGACCACCGUGACUGCUCCUGCAACCACCGUGACCGCUCCUGGGACCACAGUGACCGCUCCUGCAGGCACCGUGACCAAUACAGUUACUGCUCCUGCGACCACCGUGACCGCUCCUGGGACCACAGUGACCGCUCCUGCAGGCACCGUGACUGCUCCUGCAACCACCGUGACCGCUCCUGCAACCACCGUGACCGCUCCUGCAACCACCGUGACUGCUCCUGCGAUCACCGUGACCGCUCCUGCAGGCACCGUGACCAAUACAGUUACUGCUCCUGGGACCACCGUGACUGCUCCUGCAACCACCGUGACCGCUCCUGGGACCACAGUGACCGCUCCUGCAGGCACCGUGACCAAUACAGUUACUGCUCCUGCGACCACCGUGACUGCUCCUGCGAUCACCGUGACCGCUCCUGCAACCACCGUGACCGCUCCUGCAACCACCGUGACCGCUCCUGGGACCACCGUGACUGCUCCUGCGAUCACCGUGACUGCUCCUGCAACCACCGUGACUGCUCCUGCAACCACCGUGACUGCUCCUGCAACCACCGUGACUGCUCCUGCAACCACCGUGACCGCUCCUGGGACCACAGUGACCGCUCCUGCAGGCACCGUGACCAAUACAGUUACUGCUCCUGGGACCACCGUGACUGCUCCUGCAACCACCGUGACCGCUCCUGGGACCACAGUGACCGCUCCUGCAGGCACCGUGACCAAUACAGUUACUGCUCCUGCGACCACCGUGACCGCUCCUGGGACCACUGUGACCGCUCCUGGGACCACUGUGACCGCUCCUGCGAUCACCGUGACUGCUCCUGCGACCACUGUGACUGCUCCUGCGACCACUGUGACUGCUCCUGCGACCACUGUGACUGCUCCUGCGACCACUGUGACUGCUCCUGCGACCACUGUGACUGCCACCUCGACGGUGACUAACACAGUGACGGCACCAGCACCUGGUGGAUAUGCUAGCGGUGGAUACAACAAUGGAUACAACAGUGGAGCUGCGGCUGCUGCUCCUGCCCCUACUGCAUCAGCUGGCCCUACUCCGACCUCUGGAACUGCUGCUGCCCGUGUCUAA